GAGUUGCCGAUGCCAGUAGCAGUGCAAACCAAAGUACCCAACGAAUUAUUUGGUGAUAUCAUCAUGAUAAUGGAUUUCUUGCAUAUAUUCAGUGAAAUACUGGGAACCAAGGAAGAAUUCCCUGAUGAGGGAAUCACUCUAGAGUAUUUGGAAAGUGCUUUGGUAGAUCUUGAAAUCGAUGGUCCUCUCUUUGAACUGGUCAAGUUUCUUCUGACGGCCAUUUUCAAAAUGCAGCUGGAGGAGGAAGAGGAUGAGAAGUUUGAUUUGAAUGAACAAGAUGUUGUAGCAG